UUUUCUUGACAUAUGUAACACGGUACCGUCUCCAUACCUGUAUGUGGACUGUCACUUUCUCUGCUUCCCCUCUCUCUCCCUCUCAAGUUUUCUUUGCCCCAAAAUCCGAAAACUGUCAGGAAAAAUCUCAAAAUCAACUCACAAACCGCAGAUAAACAGACACUGUAGAGUAGGCGUUUAUGGCGGAAGGUAGGCGCUACCCUUUGGGUAACCAUCUAGAUAUUGAGCAAAUACUCGUAGAAGCACAGCAUAGAUGGCUACGGCCUGCUGAAAUUUGUGAAAUUCUUCGCAAUUAUAAUAAAUUUCGUAUUGCACCUGAGCCUCCAAAUAUGCCAACAAGUGGUUCACUUUUCCUCUUCGACCGCAAGGUGCUGAGAUACUUCAGAAAAGAUGGCCUUAACUGGAGGAAGAAAAAAGAUGGGAAGACAGUAAAAGAAGCUCAUGAGAGGCUCAAGUCUGGAAGUGUUGAUGUGCUGCAUUGCUACUAUGCACACGGAGAAGACAAUGAAAAUUUUCAAAGACGUAGUUAUUGGAUGCUUGAAGAGGAACUUUCUCACAUAGUACUUGUCCACUACCGGGAAGUAAAGGGUAGCAGGACAAAUUUUAACCGUAUUAAAGAAUAUGAAAAUGCUAUGACAUGUGCCCAAGAAAUUGAAGAAACAACUCUUCAUUCUGAAAUGGACACUUCUGUUUCUUCCAAUUUCCGUCAUGAUAGUCACCAGGCGCCUGCACAAACAACAGAUACAAUAAGCAUGAAUAGCGCUCAAGCAUCAGAAUAUGAGGAUGCCGAAUCAGUAUAUAAUCAACAAGCGAGUUCUGGGUUUCACUCUUUUCUUGAGGUACAGCAGCCUGAAACGGAGAAGACUGAUGCUGGCCAUGAUCAUGUGUCAUUUUCAAGUACUUAUCAAGAGAAUUUUUUAGCUGUUCCUGGAAUGGACUUUGUCUCACUUUCCCAGAUGGGUAAAGUUGGAGAAACUAAUGGUGCUGGGUUAGCGUAUCAACAACAAAAACAUUUUGACCUACCCUCAUGGGAGCGUGUAUUAGAAAAUUGUACUCCUGGAAUUGAAUCUGUGUCACAAGCUGAUACUACAAGAGCCACCGCUAAACAAGAAGAUGAAACACUGAGGCAACUUCUUGCCAAUGGCUUUGAUAAGGAGGAGUUGGGGAAUCAUUUACCAGUCCAGAAAGACUGUCAGACUUUUGAAGGUGCAUAUCUCUCAAAGUGGGCCACGGAUCAGAAGUCAUAUCCAGACUCAACACAUGAUCCCACUGCUAGCUUUAAUGAACAGGAAGUUGUUAGUGAUGAUCUAAGUAACACACUUGCACUUUUCCAAAAACGGGGAAGUGAUCAUCCUGUACAAAAUGAUGUUCAGGUUAAGCAUUCAAAUACAGAGAACAGUAUGAGCUUGGAAGGAAAAUCUGUCUACUCUUCUGCCAUGAAGCAGCACUUGUUAGAUCGUUCGGUGUCUGAAGAAGGUCUGAAGAAACUUGAUAGUUUCAACCGAUGGAUGAGCAAGGAACUUGGAGAUGUAAAGGAGUCAUGCAUGCAGUCCAGUUCAGGGGCCUACUGGGAUACAGUUGAAAGUGAAAAUGGGAUUGAUGAUCCCAAAAUUCCUUCUCAAGUGCAUUUGGAUACCUUUGUGUUGGGUCCUUCCCUUUCCCAGGAACAACUCUUUAGCAUCAUUGAUUUUUCACCCAAUUGGGCAUAUGCCUUCUCAGAGAUAAAGGUCCUGAUCACGGGAAGAUUCUUGAAGAGUCGAGAAGAAGCAGAAACUUGUAAAUGGUCAUGUAUGUUUGGGGAAGUUGAAGUUCAAGCUGAGGUUAUAGCUGAUGGUGUUCUUCGUUGCCAGGCUCCUUCAAAUAAGGCGGGUAUGGUCCCUUUCUAUGUUACAUGUUCAGAUAGGGUAGCUUGUAGUGAGGUUCGUGAAUUUGAAUAUCGGCCCAGCCAUAACCAAGAUGUGAAUAUUACUGCUAGUUAUAGCAGCAGCAUGUGCACAGAUCUUCACAUGCGGUUUGGAAAAUUAUUGUCUCUGAGCUUUGGCCCCCUUCCAAAAUGCACAGCCAAUAACAUAGAUGAAAAUUCCCAAUUGAGCAAUAAACUUAGUUCAUUUCUGAAAGUGGAUAGAAAUGAAUGGGAUCAAAUGUUACAGCACAAUUCAGAAGCAGGAUUUUCCUCUGAGAAGGUAAAGGAGGAACUUCUUCAAAAGCUACUCAAAGACAGGUUAUAUGUUUGGCUCUUGCAGAAGGCAGCUGAAGGUGGAAAAGGCCCUAGUGUAUUAGAUGAAGGUGGCCAGGGAGUGCUCCAUUUUGCAGCUGCUUUUGGCUAUGACUGGGCCCUCGAACCCACAAUAAUUGCAGGUGUAAAUGUCAAUUUCCGGGAUGAGAAUGGAUGGACUGCACUUCACUGGGCAGCAUCUUGUGGCAGAGAGCGCACAGUUGUGUCCCUCGUCCUUCUUGGUGCUGCUCCUGGAGCAUUAACAUAUCCAACUCCUGAAUAUCGUCAGGGCAGGACACCUGCUGACCUAGCCUCUGCUAAUGGGCACAAAGGAAUUGCUGGUUAUCUUGCAGAAUCUGCUUUGAGUGCCCAACUUUCUUCUCUUAAUCUGGAUAAGCGGGAUAGUGAUGGUGCUGGAAUUUCUGGGGCAAAAGCAGUACAGAUAGUCCCGGAGCAUAGUACAUCUGCAAUCAAUAGUGUGGACUUACCAUAUGGUCUGUCUCUAAAGGAUUCAUUGGCUGCUGUUUGUAAUGCUACUCAAACUGCUGCUCGUAUUCACCAAGUCUUCAGGGUACAGUCCUUUCAAAAGAAGCAGUUAAAAGAGUUUGGUGAUGAUAAAUCUGGAGUGUCGCAUGAGCGUGCUCUUUCACUUAUUGCGGUAAAAGCGCUCAAGCCAGGACGACAUGAUGAACCAGUGCAUGCUGCUGCAAUUAGGAUUCAAAACAAGUUCCGUAGUUGGAAGGGGAGAAAAGAAUUUUUAAUUAUUCGCCAGCGAAUAGUUAAAAUUCAGGCGCACGUAAGAGGUCAUCAGGUCAGGAAAAACUAUAAAAAAAUAAUAUGGUCUGUAGGAAUUGUGGAGAAAGUCAUCUUGCGAUGGAGAAGAAAAAGAAGUGGUUUGCGUGGAUUCAAAUCUGAAGCACUUAUUGAGGGGCCCAGCAAACAUGAUACAUCCUCAAAAGAGGAUGACUAUGAUUUCUUUAAAGAAGGCAGAAUGCAAACAGAAGCAAGAUCACGGAUAGCCCUUGCAAGGGUGAAAUCCAUGCACCAGUAUCCAGAGGCAAGAGAUCAAUAUCGCAGGCUGCUAAAUGUUGUCACUGAGAUCCAAGAGACCAAGAUUUUGUCUGACCGCAUUAACAAUUCUGAAGCAACAGCGGAGUUUGAUGACCUGAUUGAUCUUGAUGCAUUGUUGGAUGAUGACACUUUCAUGCCUACAGCUUCCUGAGGCAAUAUCUGGUUAAUGUUCUCCUCUUUGGCUCUGCGACAAUUCAUUUGUAAAUGUCCCCUUUGCUGCUUAUAAUUGUUACUUGCUAAAAGGGGAUUUAAUAGUUGAACCAAUGGAAGCAAUUGAAGCCAUAUUCACAAUUUACUUACUGCCAACGUGUAAUCAACAUAGGAAUGAAUGUAAAUUGCUGAACUUCAAUGUGUCAUUAUGGGUAGUUGGCAUUGCUCCUUCCUAACAUCUUAGUCUUUAUAAUCUAAUAUCAACCUACAGAUUAAUAAUUUA